AUGUCCAUCUGCAGCGAUGGCUGCGGGUAUCGAUGCGCGGGAGGUGUGGCGGGGCGGGUUGCGGGGCGGACCGGGUCAGCCUAUAAAUGGACCAGGUUGCCUCACCUGGGCGAACCGGAGCAUCUUCCACCCGCAGCUACAGACCUGGAGAUAAAUCUGCGUCCCGCAGCGAUGAGCCUCCAGUUGGUGCUGAUGUUUGGCGUCGGGGCCGCGCUCCUCCGCGUGGACGCGCGCGUCCGCCUGAACUCCAUCAGAACCGUGAUCCUGACGGAAGGUCACGCGCUGCCCGUGAACCGGAGCGCGUGGGGACCUGGCGUGGACCUGACGCUCUACCAGUGCAUGAGCGACCUGGAGUGCAUCAUGGGAAACUACUGCCACGUCCCGACCAAAGGCCCCGCCCACUCCCGCUGCCUCGCCUGCCGCCGGAGGAGCAGGCGCUGCCUCAGGGAUAGCAUGUGUUGCCCCGGCAACCGCUGCAGCAACAACAUUUGUGUUCCUGAGUUGGCCAGUUUUUGGUCUCAGAGUGUCCUGGACGCUGAUGGAGGCGUGAACCCGUCCUCUAAGAGAGGAUGGAGGAAACGAGGGAGGGUGAACUUUAAAGGGUCCUCUGGUAGAGGUCAGCUGGGCGACCUGUGCCUGCGCUCCUCUGACUGCUCAGACACUUCGUGCUGCGCCCGCCACUUCUGGGCCCGGAUCUGCAAGCCGGUGUUGCGGGAGGGCCAGGUUUGCACGCGUCAGCGGCGUAAGGGCCACCAGGGCUUGGAGCUGUUCCAGCGCUGCUCCUGCGGCGACGGACUCACCUGCCGGGCCGCGCCGGACCCAAACAGCCAGACUCCGCCACCGCGGCCAUCUUUGCUGCUGGACCAAACCGUGAAAUCCAAGUUUGAGGUUUCCCCUUCCUUGUCUCGGCACGCCGCCCCCCACACCUCGGUGCUGGCCGCAACCUCGUCUUCUUCAGUGACGGCGAAGACGAGACUCCACGUGUGUCAGAGGAAAUAAGUUGGACAAACAGGAAGAGAAACAGACAGAUGGAAGGAUGGACAGAGCAAAAUCUCCUCUCUGUCUGUGAUCGAGGCCAGAGGCAACGAGAGGCAGAGAGAUUUGUAAAAGAAAGAGUGAAUAACAUUCCUGUUUACACCCUUAGCAUCUCUUAAAUAUCUGGAAGGUCAUCAGCUUCCUGUCACACCAGCUGAAGGGACACGAAACCCUUUGGCGGUUGGGAUGUGAUUUCCUCCAGGGUGUCUAGACAAACCGAAACCGCUUUGAAAUCCAGUCUGACCCCUUUGACCCCAACAAAAGAGGUCAGACUGGAUUUCAUCAGACAUGCAUCAACAUGCAAAUGUUGAUGUAAUUCACACAUUGUUUUCAGCUUUUGAACUCUUCAUCAUCUAAAAGAUCCAAAAGUCAAACCCAAAGAAACCGAGUUAAGCUAUUUGGUGGCGUUAGCAUAAAAUAUUAGCCAAAUUUAGUCGACAUUUGAAUUUACUUUUCAAUAAAUAACUAUUCCAUCUUUAUAACUUUGUACCACCGACAUAUAAACAGGUUUUAUUGCUCUGACCCCAAUCCUGCCGUUGUUAGAAUUUCUUUCACAUAAUUCUUCUAUUUCUGUUUUAAUCUUAUAAAAAAACAUUUUAUGUAAAUGUUGUCAUACUUGUUACA